CCUUUCUGUAUGGUGAACCAGUCAACAGCGAAAUGAGCCACCGGUCUGGAUGGUCGGCGGCGCAGCCUCAGUACUUCUGCUAUCACCAAAGACCAGCGGAUGGCUGCUGCUGACCGACCCCAGACACCGUGCCCUGGCCCCGCCCCGAUGUUACAUCGGACUGUUCUUGGCGUUGAAGCGAGCCUCCCAAGUGGAACCGCCAGUGGCGCACGGCCAAAAACCUUCAAUGCGGCACUAGUCGCGUCGCUACCGGGAAGGCGCAAGGCCUGGGACCUCCAGGGUCCUCUUCAAGACCUUCAAGAGCGCCUGAAAGCAUUAAAGGCGAAAAGGAGCAGCUCAGGCAGCAGAGUACCAGCCAGCUCAUCGGAGGCCCAGAAGCUGUCCGCCCGCGCACUAAGCGACUCGCUGUUGACAGAGCUGCACUCAGCUGCACAGCAGGUGGCCACUCUGGGGCAAUCUCUCACGGAUACCGCCGGAGCGUUUGCCGCUCUUACAUGUGACGAUGCCGCCCUCAUGUGGCAUCAUGUUCCGACGGCCAACCAACCUGGGAGGUUCCUGAAAGUAAGCGGAAUUCAAAAGACGGUGACAGUGAUAUCACUUCCAGUGCCUGCAGUCGCUUCCAGAUCGAGCACUGCUCAAAAGCAAGGCCUUUGAGAUUGCUUUCCGCUA